AUGGGUACGCUCAAGAUUUUCAAUAUCUUCACUGCACAUAACCACAACCACCCUACACAGUCGGACCUCAUUCGAGUUAGCCUCUUGACUGAGCCCAGCACCCGGCAAAAUGGACUCAAGGAAUCAAUUCUUGGUCUUUUCCGGCGGCUCACGUCUGGAAAGAAAAUCGAUGGGGGAUGGCGGACACAGGAAGACGAGAAGGUGUACUCUAGGUUAUAUGCCUUGGCCUUGUCGGAGAAAGACUUGGUUUUCGAGUAUGUAAGUUCGACAGAAAGGGGGCUGAGUUUCAAUGAAGCUGAGAGAAGAUUGAGAGAAAAUGGGCCAAAUAUUCCUCAUGAAUAUAAUUUCCCAAGAUGGGGGCAUCUUCUAUGGAGUGCUCUAUUUCAUCCUUUUAAUAUCAUUCUGAUAUUCUUGUCAGCAAUCUCUUACAUAACUAGUGACAGUCCAAAUGGAUGCAUCAUGCUUGUAUUGCUUUUCAUAAGUGUAUCCCUUCGAUUCUGCCAGGAGUACAGUAGUUCAACAGCAAUCAUUAAGCUCUCUGAAUUAGUAAGAUGCCCGGUUAGAGUACAGAGGUGUGCAGGAGGACUAGUGACCUCUUUCAUACUGUUUUUUCCAUCUGAUCCAGAGCCAAUUAUUGAACACGUGAUUACAACCUGCUUCUUGAAUAGUCAGUCUUCAGUAACAGGGGAGUCGGGAACAUCUGAGAAAAUGGCUGAUAUCAGAGAAGAUCAAAGUACUCCUUUGCUAGAUCUGAAGAAUAUUUGCUUCAUGGUAAAUCUGGAUAUCCCUAGCCUUGUCUUGUUUGUGGUCCAAGGUCUAGCUUUAGUGUCUGUACAUAGAAUAUGA